CAGCGAGCGGGCCGCCUCGCGCUCUGCCCUGAGGGUCCGAAUAGUCAGAGCUGCGGGAACCGAAGCGCCGGAGUCGCUCAGGAGCUAAGGAGCGGCCAUCCGUCUCCCGCCUUGACCCUUAACCGCGUCCUCUCUAAGGCCCAGGCGCGGUCCAGGCGGCCGCGCGCUCACGAGCCCGCCGCUUGCGGCGGUCACGCGCACGCACGCUCGUGCGCCCGUUCCCUGAGAACCCGGAAGUGCGAGGGAGAGGCGAGCCACGUGGGUGGAGCUGGAGCGCAGCUCGCAUGGGGGAGUCUAUCCCGCUGGCAGCCCCGGUCCCGGUGGAACAGGCGGUGCUGGAGACGUUCUUCUCUCACCUGGGUAUCUUCUCUUACGACAAGGCCAAGGACAAUGUGGAGAAGGAACGAGAGGCCAACAAGAGCGCGGGGGGCAGCUGGCUGUCGCUGCUGGCGGCCUUGGCCCACCUGGCCGCGGCAGAGAAGGUCUAUCACAGCCUCACCUACCUGGGGCAGAAACUAGGGGGCCAGUCGUUCUUCAGCAGGAAGGACUCCAUCCGCACCAUCUACACUUCCCUGCAUAAUGAGCUAAAGAAGGUGGUGACUGGCCGUGGUGCCCUAGGGGGGACUGCACCUCACGUGGAAGAGCUCCUUUCCCACCUGUCCGAGCAGCUCUGCUUCUUUGUUCAGGCUCGGAUGGAGAUCGCAGACUUCUAUGAGAAGAUGUACACCCUCAGCACACAGAAGUUCAUCAAUGCCGAAGAGCUCGUUGGCCUUUUAGACACCAUCCUCAAGAAAUACAGUUCCAGAUUUCACCACCCCAUCCUCAGUCCUCUGGAAAGCAGUUUCCAGCUGGAGGUCGACGUACUGAGUCAUCUCCUGAAGGCCCAGGCUCAGGUCUCCGAGUGGAAGUUCCUCCCGUCUUUGGUUAACUUACACAGCGCUCACACCAAGCUGCAGACUUGGGGCCAGAUCUUUGAAAAGCAACGGGAGACCAAGAAACAUCUGUUUGGAGGGCAGUCCCAGAAGGCCAUUCAGCCCCCACACCUUUUCCUUUGGCUGCUGAAACUCAAAAACAUGCUUCUUGCCAAAUUUAGCUUCUACUUUCACGAGGCACUGAGCCGACAAACGACUGCUUCAGAAAUGAAAACGCUGACUGCAAAAGCCAACCCAGACCUCUUUGGAAAGAUUUCCAGCUUCAUCAGGAAAUACGACGCUGCCAACGUGUCCUUAAUCUUUGACAACCAAGGUUCCGAGAGCUUUCAGGGUCAUGGCUACCACCACCCCCAUUCCUACAGAGAGGCCCCAAAGGGCGUGGAUCAGUAUCCAGCCGUGGUAUCUCUGCCCAGCGACAGGCCUGUCCUGCACUGGCCCAAUGUCAUCAUGAUCAUGACUGACCGCACGUCCGACCUGAACAGCUUGGAGAAAGUGGUCCACUUCUAUGAUGACAAAGUUCAGAGCACCUACUUCCUUACCCGCCCAGAACCCCACUUUACCAUUGUUGUCAUUUUCGAGUCAAAGAAAUCUGAAAGAGACUCCCACUUUAUUUCCUUCCUUAGUGAGAUCUCACUUGCCCUUAAGAACCCCAAGGUUUUUGCUAGUCUGAAACCUGGAUCCAAAGGUUAGCAGGUGAUUUGUGUGAAAGGCUUUCAAGACUGGAAAUUGUGUUCUUAAUUGCUCUAACGAUCUACAGUGGUCUGUGAUUAGAGUUUCCAUCCACCUGUGCUGCUUUCAGAUCUAAAUUAAAGACACAUUCUCCCUAA